GACAUCAUUACGAAGAUGCAGGAUGACAAGACAGGCGGAGUACCCAUCAGGACAGUAAAGAGUUUUCUGUCCAAAAUCCCCAGUGUUGUCACAGGUACCGACAUUGUGCAAUGGUUUAUGAAGAAUCUCGCCAUUGAGGAUCCAGGUGAAGCAAUACACUUGGGAAGUCUUGUAGCUGCCCAGGGUUACAUCUUCCCCAUAUCGGACCAUGUCCUUACCCUGAAGGAUGAUGGCACUUUUUAUCGAUUCCAAGCUCCAUACUUCUGGCCCUCCAACUGCUGGGAACCUGAAAACACUGACUAUGCCAUUUAUCUGUGUAAGAGGACAAUGCAGAAUAAAGCAAGAUUGGAAUUGGCAGAUUAUGAAGCUGAAAACCUAGCAAGACUCCAGAGGGCCUUUGCAAGGAAGUGGGAAUUCAUCUUUAUGCAAGCAGAAGCCCAAGUGAAGAUUGAUCGGAAAAAAGAUAAAACAGAAAGAAAAAUUUUGGAUAGUCAAGAAAGAGCCUUCUGGGAUGUUCACAGGCCAGUGCCAGGUUGUGUGAAUACAACAGAAAUGGAUAUCAGAAAAUGUCGUAGGAUGAAGAAUCCUCAGAAGGUCAAAAAGUCAGUGUAUGGAGUGACAGAAGAGUCUCAGUCCCAGAGCCCUGUGCAUAUACCUGCCCAGCCAAUCAGGAAAACUACAAAAGAGGACAUCCGAAAACAGAUAGCAUUUCUGACUACACAGAUAGACAGACAUCGUUUAAAGAUGUCCAAAGUAGCUGAAAGCUUAAUAGCUUACACGGAACAGUACGUGGAAUAUGAUCCUUUGAUAACUGCAGCAGAGCCUUCUAAUCCAUGGAUCAGUGAUGACAUCACUUUAUGGGACAUAGAGAUGAGCAAAGAGCCUAGCCAACAACGUGUAAAGAGAUGGGGAUUCUCCAUUGACGAGGUACUAAAGGACCAAGUGGGGCGAGACCAGUUCCUUCGUUUUCUGGAGUCGGAAUUCAGUUCAGAAAACCUCAGGUUUUGGUUGGCUGUCCAAGAUCUCAAGAAACAACCUUUACAGGACGUGGCAACUCGGGUGGAAGAAAUUUGGCAAGAGUUUCUGGCUCCUGGAGCCCAAAGUGCAAUCAACCUGGAUUCUCACAGCUAUGAGAAAACAAGUCAAAAUGUCAAAGACCCAGGGCGAUACACAUACGAGGAUGCACAGGAGCACAUUUAUAAGCUGAUGAAGAGUGACAGCUACACCCGGUUCCUUCGGUCUAAUGCUUACCAGGACUUACUACAGGCAAAGAAGAAGCCAGAAAAUGAGCAAGGUCGUAGAACUUCCUUAGAAAAGUUCACUCGCAGUGUGUGCUGCUGGCGCAGAAUAAGACUGGCUACCGCGUUUCACCCCAGAGGUGGCUACCUUCCAGCAGCGGGGAAAGUCACUGGUGGGCAAGCGUCUCACGGGCCUGAUGCAGUCCUCCUGACAGUUCCGCCAGCUGAGACGGGAGCCGCUGACCACGUGGGCGGGCGGCGCCGCUCCACUUCGGCAGAGAGACUAACCUUAAGGGGCGAUCUGGUUACUGUGAAAGAAAAAGAGUGA